AUGGCCCUUUUUGCGACCCACGGAUCUUUUGGAAUCCUGGAUACCGGAGCAACCAAAUCAGUAAUUGGAAGUGCACUUGUGCCCGAGUUGCUGCGAAGCCUGCAUCCUAAGGUACGAAACAAGGUUCAAAGAUGCAAGUGCAGUGUGACUUUUCGAUUCGGAAACCAAGGACUUCUUGAUAGCAAUCAUGCCAUUGUUAUCCCAAUAGGUAACCUUGGGUUAAAGAUCGCAGUUGUUCAGGGUCACACUCCUUUGUUGCUGUCCAAUACCUUGCUCCGAGCCUUAAAGUCUAGCGUCGAUAUUUCCUCCAGCAGCCUGCACAGCCCAGUGUUUGGAAAGCCUAUCAAAUUGCACUUGAACAGCCGUGGUUUGUUCCUGGUUGAUCUGAAUGAGCUUGUGCAAAGUGCGCUGAAACUUUCGACUGCAGCAGAGACUUUUGCCAACUGUGACAACAUCGAAGCAGCCUCCGUGAACAAACAGGACCCAAUUGACCGAAGUGGGAACGAAUGCCAGUUACCAAUAGCCAACAGAUUGGUUCAAGUAACCCUCCGAUUGCUGCAUCCGAUCCGUGUGCCAACAGCCAAAAUGAGCCUUGCCGACCGAUUCGACCGUGUCCUGGAGCGCAGCCAGACCUAUGCCCAAGGCGACAGUCUGGAGGAGUUCAAGUCCCUGAGCUUCGAAGAGAAGUGCCAACAGACAGUGACCUUUGGCAAAACCCACGUGGGCAAAACCUACUUGGAAAUGUACCACAACGAGCCCAAGUGGAUGAAAUGGUUCCUGCGAACCUACGAGACAUCCCAGAAGCUGGACCAUCUGAAGCUCCGUCACUUUGUGCAGAUCAUGGUGGAGCAGGAAGAGAAGGGCGAGACGCCCCCAACGAUGACCCUGACGGAGCCAUCACUUCAGAUGCCAAUGUUUGCCAGAGCCAAGGCACGCCCUCGAGAUCAAGCGUCAUCUCAUCGCCCUCACGAAGAGAUGACCCUGCACCAGGAAAUGGAGCCGGAUGCAGACGAAUGGUCCCUGGCCUCAAUGAAUCCCGAGUCCAACGAGAUGAUCACAGCACUGCAGGCACGUAUGGGCCACAUGGAAAAUGCGAUGACGGAGAUUCUGAACCACAUCCGUGAGUUGAAGGACCCUGUGAGCCAGAUGUUGAUUCAAAAGAGCAUGACCGUGCGAACCACCUCCUCCAAACUGCAUGAACAAUUGCAUGGUAGGCCGAAAAAGUUCCUCAAGCCUGCAGCAAAACUGAUUGAUCCGAAUGAGCUGCCUCGGAAAAGAAGAAGACUAGAGGUAAAGGGACCCGAUGAUGAUGUCAAAACACUCGUGCAGCAGAUUGUAACCAGCAUCAAGCAACAGCUUCCACGGGUAGGCAAGCAUGAGAUCACGGAAUCCGUAAUUCCUGUAGAACCAAAGAUCCUGGAUUUAGGCCAUGACCCAGAUGCAGCCGACAUCCAGAGUCAGAUGCAUGGGAAUCGAUUCUUGGCACUGCCCCCUGAAGAGCGAAGCCUCCUCAUACGAGUACACAAUUUGAGACAUGGGUUUUCACCGGAAGUGCUGGUGUUUGGGAAGGGCCUUCGAGUUCCUGGAUCUGUAGCCAGCGAUGAUCACCUCCCAUCCCAUUUGGCAGCCAUGGACGAAAAUGGACACGGCAUCCGUUUCCGCACUCAACUGGCAAUGCGUGAGUCUGCUCGUAAGGCAUUCCACGAAGCAGACAAUAGCAUGGCCCUGCGAAGAGCAAUGCUUCGUAGGCACGUGAGGUGCAAAAGCGAGGACGCGGCUGCUGUGGGCAGCACAGGUACCGAGAAGUGCAACAAGUUCAUAAGGGCCCAGGGGGACAAAGGUUCUCACAUCUGGGCCUUGCUGCCUACAUUUGAUCCUGCAGUGGACAAUGUCAGAGAGUACAUAGAGAAGGUGAAGUUCAUAGACACGAUCUGCCCAAAGAAAGAUCGACCAAUGCUAGCACUACGGCUAGCCAUGCUGUGUCGGGGGACGGCUUGGGGACAAGUUAAAAACUUCGACUCGGCACAGUUGGUUGAUCCCGAGAACGGUGUCAAAAACUUGUUGGCGGCGCUGUCAACUUGGGAAGAGUCCACCGAGAUGAAGACGUAUGAACAAUUCGCGAAAGCUGUCUACAAGACAGAUCAAAGGAGCGAUGAGUCCAGCAUGAGUUUUGUCAACCGCUUGCAGGACAAGAAACGUGUCCUGACAAUGACCAAUGGAGACAUGGACACGAAGAAGAUCGAACAAGCGAUGCGAACCCUGGCAAUUUUGUCACCAGGCGACUCUGAUGCCUUGAAUGUGGUCAGUUUUGAACGUGACUUGGAAGAGAUGUUUCAAGAAGUUCCUGACCUCCACAACGCUCUCCUGAGCUACCAAGAGGCGCGAACAAAGAUCCUGGAGAGGGAAAAAGGUCACUGGAAAGCAGAGUGCCCGAAUAAGCCUCCUGCUGCAACGGAUCAAGCAAACUAUGUGACUCACCAGAGCUUCCGAGCCUAUGCCCGUCAUGAUGAACCAGCCCAUGUGAUUUUUGAGGAAACGGACGAGGACGAAGCUGCCAGUCUGAACAUGAAGCAUCCGAGUGCUUCCACAGCCGACCGAGUGUCACUGAAAAUGCCAUGUCAGCCAAAGAAACAGCAGCCGUUCGAGUGUCCAACGUCCUACCCCCGCCGGGUCUUGUCCGAAGUGAGUCUUUUCAGAAUGCUGACUCAACGAGAUGCCAUGAAGCUGAUCAAAUCGACGGCCGAGGCAGUGAUGGAAUCUCUCAGAAUGCUCCUGAUCAUCUUGAUGAACCCGAAGAGGUCUUCAAGUCGUGCUGUACCAAGUCCUUCGGAAAUUGGAGUCCUCUCGGACCACGCAUGGGAGCUGGAGGAGGAGGAGGAAAUCAGAGCUGCAACAAGGACUCCACCCAAGAAGAGCCAGCCGAGAUCUCAGGGAGCCUCAACCAUGAGCCACCUGAACCAGAACCUGAUUCCAGAGAACAACCGAGAGAGCCAACUCGUGCUGACUGCUCAGGCCUUGGAGUCAUGGGGCAACAAGAGUGCCAUGGGGGAAAACGCACAAUGCGAGACGAUUCACCGAAGUGCACGAAGAACACCAAAGCUACGUCGACUGGGUCAGUGCACGAGCCAAGAACGCGACCCCGGCCAUGCAAGACUUCAUCACCUACUGCCAAGCUCGCAGCGACAUGGAGAAGCAGGCACUGAGAGGCCGUCAGUAAGAUCAGUGAAUCCAGGCCAACCGAUGCACCUGGAGAAUGCCUAUGAAUUGCACAUGAUGAACCAAUGUCGUCAUCACAUGCCAAUCCAGGGUCAUAAACCCAUAGAUCUCCUUGAAGUCUAUGCCAGCAAUAGUAGCCGAUUAAGGGAUGAAGUCAAUAAGAGGGGUGGGGUAGCCAAGAGAUUUACCUUUGAAGAUGGGGAUUUGAGCACCACCGAAGGACAAAUCAAGCUGUUCGGAAAAUCUUUUUGUGGAAGCCACGACACAUAUGGCUAG